GCGGGCAGUUGGCCGGAAGUGGGGCUGUGAGGUCCGGGUGUUGCCGGAGGAGUCGUGGUGGCGCGGCGUUCCCGCGGGAUCCGGGGUCUGGUGUUGCGGCGCCCGCGUUCGCCAGGCUCAGUAUCUGGCACCAAUUCUGGCCCAGUCAUUUGUGACCCAUGGCUCUUGCGAUCUGCCGAAGAUUUCCAGGCAGUUUCUGUGGAACGCCUCCCCGUCCAGCUCUAAUCAAGCGCCAUGCAAACAAGAAAUUGCCUGGACAAACCCGUGAGGACUGUGUUCUGACUGCCAGAACGAUCGGUACUGACCCCAGAACGGCAGCCACCCUCAAGUUGUUAAAACCUUUAGGAUACCGAACGUUUUGCCAUCCUUUUGCCUACAGUGCGACCCAGAGUGUGACAUACUGGACUGUGGGAAGCUGCGCCCAGCAUGGGGGACAGGACCCUGCAGAACACAGCAGCCUCUGCCGGCCUGCCAAAAAAGUUGAGAACAUUCAUAGCGCUUCCUCUUCUUGGAGGCUCCUGACAACCAGCAGCGCCCUCCCAGGUUCGGAAUCCAGCAGGGCUUCUGCCUCUCAGGCCAGCACGUUGAAGCCGGGCUCACCCGGGGCUGCGGGAGUUGUUGAAGACGAUAUAGAAAUGUUUGAUUCCUUUGAAGACCCCCGAGGUUUCCUCCAGCUAAGACCAGAGUACCAGCUGCACAGCUAUAACAGAUCGGAGACUUGUCAGCCCCUUUCUGUUUCAGAAGGUGAAUUAAUUUUGCACAAAGUCACAGUUUAUCAAGAUAAUCUCCAGCCUCAAGUCAUUGCUGAUUAUUUCUGUAAGCUGAGCUCUUUGCCUGCAGAGCAGCAUCCUGUUGUGCUGUCCAGUACCAGCUUUGCUUUGCUGUGCCAGCUGAGUGUGAAAAACAUACAGCUCUUUGAAGUCCCAGAUCUGAUCAAUAUUUUGAAAGCCUUUGUCGGUUUAGGAAUCCCUUACUCCCAUUCAGUGCUCGAUGUGUGUGAAACCAGAUUUUGCAGUAAGGUGUGGGAGAUGAGUCUGGAUCAGCUUCUCUUGGUGGCUGACCUCUGGCGGUACUUGGGCCGCAGAGUACCUCGGUUUUUAAAAAUCUUUUUUAGUUAUCUUAAUUUACACUGGAAAGAUCUAUCCUUAUCCCAGCUGAUUCACUUAAUUUAUAUUAUAGGUGAAAGUCGCCAGGUACCCCAAGACCUCAUGCAAAAACUGGAAUCGUUGAUUCUCAAGUAUAUAGAUUUGAUCAAUUUAGAGGAGAUUGGUACAAUCUGUUUGGGAUUCUUUAAAUCAAGUAGUAGUCUCUCUGAAUAUGUCAUGCGGAAACUUGGAGACUUGGCUUGUGCUGACAUGCAGCAUCUGAGUAAUUAUGCCUUAGUGAAUAUUCUCAAAAUGUUCCGUUUCACUCACGUGGAUCACAUAAAUUUCAUGAAGCAAUUUGGCCAGAUUGCUCCUCAACGAAUUCCUUUUCUAGGAGUUCAGGGUGUCAUGCACCUGACUCUUGCUUGCUCAGCCUUACGCAUCCUGGAUGAAGGGCUAAUGAAUGCUGUGGCUUCUUCUUUGCCUCCUAGGGUGGCAUACUGUCGAAGUAAGGAUGUAGCCAAGAUUCUGUGGUCAUUUGGAACUCUGAAUUACAAGCCACCCAAUACAGAAGAGUUUUAUUCUAGUCUGAUAAAUGAGAUUCACAGAAAGAUGCCUGAGUUCAGGCGAUACCCAGAACACCUGCUCACCUGCUUGCUGGGCCUGGCAUUUUCUGAGUACUUUCCAUUAGAGCUCAUCAACUUUGCUUUGAGUCCAGAGUUCAUCAGGUUAGCUCAGGAGAGAAGUAAGUUCGAACUCACUAAGGAGUUGUAUACUCUUGAUGGUACGAUUGGCAUUGAGUGUCUGGAUUACAGAGGCAAUCGUCUUAGUGCUCAUCUUCAGCAAGAGGGGUCGGAAAUGCUGUGGAAUUUAGCAAGGAGGGAUAUGUGCUCAAAGCCUGAAUUCCUAGAAGCUCUCUUUUUACUUGAGAACAUGUUGGGUGGGCCCCAGUACAUCAAACACCAUAUGAUUCUGCCUCAUACCCGAUCUUCUGACUUAGAGGUUCAGCUUGAUGUUAACUUGAAGCCAUUACCAUUUAACAAAGAAGCCGUAUCAAUGGAAGAUGAAGCCAGAUUGAGGCUGAAGCACGUGGGAGUCAGCCUUACAGAUGAUUUGAUGAAUCAGCUACUAAAAGGGAAAUCAAGAGCACAUUUCCAGGGAGAAAUUGAGUCAGAGACUGAGCAGCAGGCAAGGGAAUUAGAGAAGGUGGCCAUACAUUUGGGGAGCUCCCCUGACAGUGUGGCAGACAGAUUGGGGGCCAUGGAGAUGGCGGGCCCUCAUCCCCCAGCCUGCGUGCAGGCCCCACAUGUGAGGCUGGCUAUUCAGUUGACAAACAAGAACCAGUACUGCUAUGGUUCCAGGGAUCUGCUUGGACUGCACAACAUGAAGAGGCGGCAGUUGAAGCAGCUCGGAUACCGUGUGGUCGAGUUAUUCCACUGGGAAUGGCUCCCCCUCCUGAAACGAACUCGCUUAGAAAAGCUGAUGUUCCUCCAUGAGAAGGUGUUCACCUCUGCUCUCUGAAGGGCUUUCAGGGACAUUGUUACUCAUAAAUGCUGCAGAGGUGCGCUGUGCAAGGUGUUGGGAAACCGUUAUAAAAGCCAGAAUAUAGGUUUGGUAAUAAAAUCCUCUGUUGAGGAGACUUAGCUGUGCUCUUUGUCUACGGCAGAGUGAAGUUAGUGUUACUGUGAAUUAAUUGUAACCUGGCCCAGUUGGACAAGUUGUUGCUAGUUUGUGCAGGUGACUAAUAAACCUCUUAAUGUGCCCUAUUUUCAAGUAAUUCUUAUCAUAUUUUUCUUACUCUCUUGACUGGCCUUACCUCACGAUGAUUUUGAAUUUUUAAGAUAAAAAUGUAGGGGCGCCUGGGUGGCUCAGUCCAUUAAGCCUCUG